UGGACUUUUUCUAUUUGCAGAUUGUGUAUUUUCUGACCCAGCUCUUGUGCAGCCAUGGAGAAGCCCUGGAGACUGUGGGGGGCGAUGGAGUGGUGCACCCUGACUCUAGUAUCCUGGUCCUGGGGUGCCUGCCGAGUUUCACUUUUGGCUCUCAUCCUCACUUUCCAUCUGUAUGGAGGUUUUUUCCUCCUCGCUCUCAUCCUCGCGUCUGUAGCCGGCAUCCUCUACAAAUUUCAGGAUGUUCUUCUCUACUUUCCCGACCAGCCUUCCUCCUCUCGCUUGUAUGUUCCAAUGCCAACAGGAAUCCCGCAUGAGAAUGUGUAUAUUCGCACCAAGGACGGUGUGAAGCUCAACCUCAUCCUUCUUCGUUACACAGGAGGAGAUUCUGCUUCUGGCAUCACAUCCAACAAUCAGAGCAGCCCCACCUCCUCUGCUCCUCCUACAAUCCUUUAUUUCCACGGCAAUGCAGGUAAUAUUGGUCACAGAGUGCCAAACGCACUUCUAAUGCUGGUCAAUCUGAAAGCAAAUGUGGUGCUGGUGGAUUACCGUGGCUAUGGAAAAAGCGAGGGAGAGCCAUGCGAAGAUGGCCUGUACCUGGAUGCCGAAGCAACCUUGGACUAUGUCAUGACACGCCCUGACCUGGACAAAACAAAAGUGGUACUCUUUGGUCGCUCAUUAGGAGGCGCUGUUGCUGUGCGUCUUGCAUCAGUGAACCCUCACCGCAUAGCGGCCAUCAUUGUUGAAAACACCUUUCUCAGCAUCCCUCACAUGGCUGCAACUCUCUUCUCGUUCUUGCCAAUGCGCCUGCUGCCCUUCUGGUGCUAUAAGAAUCAGUUCCUGUCCUAUAGACAGGUGGCGCUGUGCCGCAUGCCUUCGCUGUUUGUGUCGGGUCUGUCGGACCAACUCAUCCCACCGGUUAUGAUGAAACAACUGUAUGAGCUGUCCCUUGCUCGGACUAAGCGGCUGGCCAUCUUUCCAGAGGGCACGCACAACGACACGUGGCAGUGUCAGGGCUACUUUGCUGCUUUAGAGCAGUUCAUGAAAGACCUGCUGAAGAGCCACGCCCACGAGGAGAACGCUCAGGCCUCAGCCAGCGUCACCAUCAUCUGAUAGAGGGUUAGGGGGUGAAGAGCUAAUUUAAGAAACUUCAUUGAUUUUUGGAGUGAAUGUACAUUUUAUGCUUUUGUUUGGGAUUUUGUUUUUAUUUCCUCUUUCUACUUUUCUGUAAAUUUGAUAUGCUAAAAUAUUUUCACUAUUUCAAGGGUUGAGGAAAUUGUAAUAUCUCCCUGGGUUUUCUUGUGCUUCAAAUAUGAAUGGAUGUGUCUAUGACCUUUCUAUGAAUGAAGCCAGAGCGUAGUUGCUAACAUCACAAGAUGUGCUGAAACCACAGAAGUGUGUUUUUUUGAAAUUACCAGAAAUCAACGGAUUUAGUUUUAAAAUAAGGCUCUGUGGCGUUCGUGUGAAAAUUGCUCAAGACACAAUUGACACAUCCGUGUCUGAUUUUGUAAAUUAGAGUUGUGUGUAGAGGUAUAGUGUAAAUAUAUUUGUUAAUACACAGAACUUUUCAGUUCAGAUUUAACCAAAUCUUUCUUUGUGUGGGUGCUUACACUUUACAAGGAAUACAUUGAGGAAUAUAACGAUGUUUCCCCAUCCCCCUUAGUGUCAUGUACAUGCAACAGCUUGGCAUUUCACAACAUUCUCACGAUAAAUAUUUAUAUGCACCUUCAAAUUUGGCCUUCUACAUUAACAUAUAGAGAAGCUGCUGCAUAUUUAUCAUUAGCUCACACGGAAGAAAUGGUGAGAAAUAUAAGAUGACUCGCUAUUUUCUGUCAAACUUCUUGUUAGAGACAAGAAGCUGCUGCUUUCUCAAGAAUUGGGCACUUUCAAAAUACAGAUCCAUCUGAAUGAGUUGACAUCCUGUCAAAAAGUACGGUUAUUUCUGGAAUUUAAAUGAAAAAGUAAUACUCAUGUAUAUCAUUUGUCAGUAAUUAUUUUAAAGGUGUUUAUGUUAAUUUAGAUGCUUAAGGCUUACACAUAAUUGAAACUUUAAAAUUGACUGUCUUUACAUAAUAAUAAAAAAAUAAAAGGUUACAGCAAGUUCAAUAAAAAAAUGUUAGGAAUCUGUAUCCCCAUGAAGAUUGUCAGCAAAAGGAAGCAGACAGUGCUCUAAAAGUUCCAGUUAGUUGUCAUAAAAUGCUAUGAACAAAACUCAGCAGAUGACAUGACCCCAUAAACCAUCAACAAUUGUGGAAACUUCACACUGAACCUCUAGCAACUUGGAUUCUGUAUCUUUCCAAAAUCCAUCCUGACUGAUCAUUUUGAAAUGAAAUGUAAAAUUAACUUUUUUUCUGUGGGAAAAGGUCUUUGGAUCUGUAUUCAUCCGAAAACCAAGCCCCUCUGUUUUCACCUCAGCCCAGGUAAGGUGCUUCUGGUGUUAUCUGGUGUGGAAGUUACUUGACACAACCAAUGAAACACAUGUAACACAGGUCUUGGAUACAUCUGUGUGGUACCUCUGGGGACCCUUACUUGAGAUGCAGUCCUCACUUUCUGAACAUUUUUUCCUUCCUCUCAACUAUUAGUUUAUAUUCUCUUAUGCAUGUAAACUAACUUUGAAAAGCUUUCUUUGUCAAUGACCCUUUGUGGCUGACCAGAAAUGGGUCAAAACUGUACUGGACUACAGUCAACUCAGCAGUCAUCCCUAUAUUUCAUAUGACUUCUGUGUUUAAAGUCACUCUUUAUUGUCCGAAUGGAGUUUAACAUAUUUCUGAGAUUUAAAUUGGGGGUUUUAAUUGUUCUAAGCCAUAACAAUUCAAUGAUGUCACUCAGUUUUAAUUAAUCUAUAAAUGAGUCAAACUUUUUUUAAGUUGAAUUACUGGAAUAAAUACAUUUCCUGAAAAUAUUCAAAUGUAUCAAGAUUCACUCGUACAACUACCCAACAGAGGAACUCUCAAAAUGAGUUUUAGGCAGUACUAAGCAGCUACUAUAUUGACAUGCUUAGUGCAAAGUGGCAAUACUCAGAGAAAAUUGGUUGCUAUGGUAAUCAGCUUGGCUCAUGUGGAGAUUAGGUCAGUUAAAUAAAUCUAUUUGUGAUAAUUCAGGACAAAGUUUCCACAUUUUAUUUCCAAGCUGUGGUAAUGUGAACAAAUGAGUCAUUCAUAAUAAGCAGGAAAGAAACAAACUGUUAAGCAACAAGAAAACAUUGUGGAUUAUUGGUGAACUGCAACGAAUCCUAAGAACUGCAUUUUUGUGAACUCCAGAGGCACAUGUUAGUUUCAGUUGGUCCUAUGUGUUUUAUGCACCAGCCAGUUCAACUGGGGAUUUCCAGUAAUUGGUCAGUGCUUGUUCCUUCCCCUUUAAAACAUACAGUGUAUGCUGAUGUGUGUGUUGCAUUACAGUAGGGCGGAAUCUGUUAGUCCCUUAAGCACUGGGAAUAAAGUGUGAGCGUUUUUAGUCUAAUGUGAUUAUUUAUGAGCUAUUAUCCUUUGCAUUUUAAUUGUUAAUUGAAGGAUCCUGUCCCCCUGUGCUUCUUUAACAAAAUCGCUUUUCUCUCUUAGGGAGGGCUUUUAAUGAGCUAAUUAACCUUUCCUGCAUGUCUUCCACAGGAUGGGGCUAAAACCUGAAGAUUAAAAUCCUAUUAUCCACUCUUGCUUUCUGAAUGAAGCACACUGCACUGCAGUGGUUUGAAAGCCAUUUGAAUAAAUUCAGUAGGUCUCAGCCAUAUUAGAUUUUUUUUUUUUUUU